CAGCAGAGCAACAGGUGCGCGAAGAAUCACCGCAGAGACACCUGAGAAAGUGUAUUAUCACCGCUGUCUGCGAACUGACUUUCAGCAAACUAACCAAUACGCAGAUUGUUAAUAACAGAGGAGCUCAUUCCGGCAGAAGUAAAGCAAACUUCGGAUUUGUACCUUUUAUAGCAGGUGGACGUCGUCUUUGUUGAUUCGUCGAAGAAGAAGAAGAAGAAGAAGUGAGUGGAAAUGGCCAACUCAGGUCUGCAGAUUUUGGGAUUCGCCCUGACCCUUCUGGGCGUCAUUGGAUUGGUAGUUGGCACAAUUAUGCCCCAGUGGAAGAUGUCCGCGUAUGUCGGGGACAACAUCAUCACCGCGGUGGCCAUGUACGAAGGACUGUGGAUGUCCUGUGCGUUUCAGAGCACAGGCCAGAUCCAGUGCAAAGUCUACGACUCCAUCCUGCAGCUCAACAGUGCCCUCCAGGCAACCCGUGCUCUCAUGAUCAUUAGCAUCAUCGUGACGGUGUGCGGCCUGGGCGCAGCCUGCAUGGGGAUGAAGUGCACCAACUGCGGAGGAGAUGACAAAACACGCAAGUCCCGCAUUGCCAUGACUGGAGGCAUCAUCAUCCUGAUUGGAGCUUUGAGUGCCAUCGUUGCCUGCGCUUGGUAUACUCACGACAUCAUCCAAGCCUUCUACAACCCCUUCACUCCUGUCAAUACCAAGUAUGAGUUUGGUUCCGCCAUCUUCAUCGCCUGGGCCGGAGCAUUCCUGGCUUUAGUAGGAGGCGGCAUGCUGUCAGCAUCCUGCCCAAGAGGGAAACCUACACCGAAGUAUCCCAUCUCCAGACCCCCCAGCAGCAAGGAAUACGUCUGAACAGGACAGGACAGUGUUAGAGGCUGAAGGAACACUUUGACAUGUAGUCCAACUCAGAGAUUGAAAAGAUGUAUCCCAGGAGUACCUGUUUUUUUUUAUUUUAGCGUCUUCAGGGCUACCCUGUGAUGUUACUGUAAUAAUAUUUUAACAAAUGCAUUAAAGUUUUAAAUAAUGGCUGUUUACUUCUUGAAGAGCUCAUUGGCCGUGCCCUCUUUGGAACUACAGUCACUGCUUAGUGAUUUGUAUACCAUUCACUUAGUUGACAUCUGUAAAGCACUAAGUUAAGAUUAAGGUGAAACACUCGUCAUAUUAUACAACUUGGUAUGUAGAGGAUAUUUUUCGCAUGCUGGAGUGUACAGUGUGUUUGGGAAAACUUUGAAUGCACUGAAUAGAAAUCAGAUAUUGCAAUGGACAAAUGUUGCACCAUUUGUUACAAUGUAGGCUGCAUCCAUAUAGGUUUAAACAUCUGGCACCUGAGAAGCAAUUUGCUACCAUUAUUUCCAUGUAUUUGUACCUUAUUUAUAUGACUGUGACAUCGUUGUAGACUAUUUGUUUAAAUCAAGUGCCAGAGUGAAAUUGCAAGUAUAUGAAUGACAGUUAACUGAUUCCUUUAACUCACAUUGCCAAUGUUCUGGCUGACAUACGUACAGCAGCAGAUGUUGUGAGCUGUAUGGGGCUUAAUUCUGUGAUCGCAGUUUGUGUGAAUGGGCUUGGCUUAUUGCUCCUGUUUUUUAAAUUCUCAAUGGCUGUUGCUGCACUCAUCAAAUUUUCAGUUUUUUAAAAUGUUUUAAAUUGUGAUUUUGUGUUUGUACAUAAAAUAAAAGUGAAAAAUGUACCGUU